AGUCGAGGUCCGCAGCCGGAAGUCGUGACCGCAGCCGGCGGCCUUAGUUCCGCGGCCGUUGUGGCGGUUACGCCGGUUCUGUACCCAGGAUCCGAAUGGAGGCGGCACGGGAUCCCGGCCCGGGGUUGUGCUGCAAGCCCGGCGGGCGUCUGGACAUGAGCCACGGCUUCGUACACCACAUCCGUCGGAACCAGAUCGCUCGGGACGACUACGACAAGAAGGUGAAGCAGGCGGCCAAGGAGAAGGCGAGGAGGCGCCACACGCCCGCGCCCACGCGGCCCCGCAAGCCAGACCUACAGGUGUACCUGCCACGCCACCGAGAUGGCUCCACCCACCCAGUGAACCCAGACUGUGAGGAGUCCAGUGAAAGCAGCAGUAAUGGGAGCGCUGAGCUCGAGCCUCCUGGCCGCCAGCUCUUCUGUUUAGAAUAUGAGGCGGACAGUGGAGAGGUCACAUCAGUUAUUGUGUAUCAGGAUGAUGAUCCCGGAAGGGUGUGUGAGGAAGUAUCAGCACACACACCUCUGGAUCCAGCCAUGCGAGAGGCCCUCAGAUUGCGCAUCCAGGAGGAACUUGCAAAGCGCCAGAGCCAACACUGACUGGGUGGAAGGCAGGAUUCACUGCACUUGGCAGAAUGUUUCCCAAGGAGAGCACCUAAAGUUUGGGGGUGCCAGGAUGAGUGCAUAUGCUCUUCAGGGAUCCUGCCCUCCUACAGGAAGCUGCUGCUCCUACAAGGGUCUUGCAGGACCACAUCUGACCUACCUCUCAGCAGCUGUUCUUUCUUGUCCACGCAUCUAACCUAACAUUCUGGAAUUUUAUGACAGCUUUGGCUAACUUGGUGUUUUGGGAGCAGAGACUUCAGGGAGAGCCAGGGUUUCUGAAGCCUUUGCCCAUGUGCUGAUGUCUUGAUGAGGUGUUUGUCAAACCCCUUCCUGUUUCUUUCUUUCACUCAUCUUUCCCUAGGCCUGUUUUCAGUUGUCACCAUCCCUUUCUCCUACCUUUUUGCCUGAGGUAGAAUCUAUUCCCCCCCCCCCCCCUCCAACAUGACUGUUUCUCUGCCACUCAGGAAUUUAGGAUGGGGCUUCUGGAAGCCUGCCUUCCUAACAAGUUCUCCAAGUAAUUCCAAUGCCAAUAAACAGGAGAGCUUUGGUUUUGAGGCCUAUUUGGAAACACAUCUCCUUCCCCUUCUGUGGCUUUCCUAAGCUACUCAUAUGCCUCACUGCUUUGCACUGUCUACUAGGAGAUGAUACAAGAUAGAGGAGACCCAGGAAGAAAAUGCUGAGCUAAGCUGCAGUUCUUAGUUGAAAAAACUGCCCUGCUAAGCAUGAUGGCACAUGCCUUUAAUCCCAGGACUCAGGACUCAGGAGGUAGAGACUGGUAGAUCUCUGUGAGUUCAAGGCCACCCUGAUCAUAUCGAUCGACACAUCUAGUUCCAGGACAAACAGUGGUGUAGAGAGCCUAUCUCAAAACAAACAAAAAAAGGUUAAAAAAAGAAAAACCUGCCUUGGCUAGGCUUACCAAAUUCACCACCUAACUGUAAAGCGACUGCCUUCUGCUCAGACUAAACGGGAAUUUUCAAAGCAGUCUGAAAAGUAACUCUCCAGUUGUGGUUUAGCAGUCUUGAAUGAGUGAAGAUGGGAUCGUUGACGAUAGCUGUAAUUGUCCUGGGGUGAGAGGACUGUAGUUGCAAAAAUUAGAUAGAGUUGUGAAGAACAUCAAUAGAGGAGUGAAAUGGCCCUUUCUCUGCCCCCUGCUUUCUUUGAUGCCUCCCAAGUCUGUCUGAGGAUGGGGAUCCUCACACACUUUAACCCCAGCACGAAAGAGCCAAAGUGUGAGGGCUGCUGCAAGUUAAAGACCAACCUAAGCUGUCUCAAGGAAAAGCUAAAUAACUGUAACUUAGGUCCUUUGGGUAAAGAUCCCCAGACAUAGCAUUUUUCCAACAGGGGACAUGUUUUUCAACACAAGCUUAGGCUAAGGUCUGAAGUCCACAAGACAUCCUGGUCACAGGAAUUCAGGUGCACCUAAGAUUUCCUGACUAGGAACCUAACUUCAGCAACUUGAAACGUGAGUCAUAAGACAGCCUAGAAGCCCCGAGACUGCCCGCAACCAAACCUCCUACCCCAGGGCUUUGUCUGCUAGCAUCUCCAGAUCAUUCUGACUGUACGAGUUUGGUAGCUUUUCAAGGACUCUUGGGUCCCUACUGUGUUUUAUCCCACUCUGCUGAAAACAUGUAAUAGAGCCGGCUAUCUGCUUUAUGUCAUAAAACAGUGAGUCACAGUUUGCCAUGCCAGAGCUCGGGGGCAUUGAGUUAGGUGGUAAGUUAGAAGGGCCUGGUUCUGGAGGUAGCCAGAGACCUGAAUGCUCUCACCCGGGAGAACUGGUCUCGGGGUUCUCAGUGCCUUAAGUUUGUCAGUCCUAAUCCCAGUAUGCUGUCAAAGGGAAAAGCCUUCACCUGCACUUGUGCACGAGAGCUGCAAGUGCGGGGGACUUAGACAGUUAGAGCCCAUCCAGAGCCUCGAGCAGAGGAGGCCUGCCAGACUCCAUGCUCUUCACCCUGCAGGCCACUUGAGUCUCCAGCUAAUUAGCCCAUAUUCUGACUUGAAACACAGGGUUCACCGGAACUCUAGCUGGACAAAGAACACUGGAACUUGUUUGGGGUCUGCGUUCUUAAAGCUGUGCUUCCUAGAUCCUGAUUCUGUUAGUGAAGCUAAAAACACCUGAAGAAUCCGAGGGAGACCUGACAGCUACAAAUUUGCCAUUAUUCCCACUUCUUGAUGAAGGAAGAAAUAGAUGAGCAUCGAUGAUGCAGAACAGAUGUUCUGCAGAGGCCUUUUAGGUGUUCAUGUGGUGCUCACAGACCUCACAGGAGACUGAUGGAAACUUCUCUAAGUUCUUUUUCCAGAAGCACUUUACUUAUCAGUGUGUAUGAAAGAUUUUCUAGCUAAGAAAGCAUUCUUGAUUCUUGGCUAAUUUGUCCUGUAUGACGACUUAAAGCCCCAAACCUGUGCCUAAAUGAAGAGUGGUCUUUUUUUUUCUUUUCUUUUCUUUCUUUUUUUUUUUUUUUUUUGUAUUUGGUUUUUUCCAGACAGGGUUUCUCUGUGUAGCCCUGGCUGUCCUGGAACUCACUCGAUAGACCAGGCUGGCCUUGAACUCAGAAAUCCGCCUGCCUCUGCCUCCCAAAGUGCUGGGAUUACAGGCGUGCACCACUACUGCCGGUCAAGAGUGGUCAUUCUGAGGCAGCCUAUGAGAGCUGAUGUUUCUAGGCAUCCCUGAAAUGCCUCUCGGGGCUGCCCUCGGCCUAAUGGCCCAGCUUCAUUGCUCUGCUGCCCUGUUCUAGAGUCCGUAAUAAUACUGUCCAGUUUAGUUGGCAGGCCUGCUUCCAGAUAGAUGCCUCUUACCUAUUUCAAAACUCACAGGCCAUAGUGAGUUCUCAGAACUGCACAGUGUUAUAGCACAGGAGAAGCAUUGUGCCAUAGGCAGGAUUUAACAGCAAACUGCUUCAGAAUCAACAUUCGAGUAGAUGAAACUUCUUGGCAUUCUUUUUUUUUUUUUUUUUUGGGUAGGGAGGAGUAUGGGGGCAAGGGAGGCUAGGCAGGUAUGAUGGUAAUCCUAGCAUUUGAAAAGCUGAGAUAAAAGGAUUGCCCUAUGUCUAGGCAUGGUAGCACAUACCAUUAAUUCCAGCACCUGGGAGGCAGAGGCGGGAAGGUCUCUUGAGUUUGAGGCCAGCCUUAUCUACAAAGCAAGUUCUGGACAGCCAGGACUACAUAGAGAGAUCCUGUCUCAAACCCUACCCCCAUUAUUUAAAAAAAAAAAAAAAUUGGUUUGAGUUUGAGGCCAGCAUGAACUACAUAGACCUUAUAUCAAACAAAAAAUGUUUCAUUCCCAUUCUCUAUGGACUGUUUUUUCCUUCAGCUCUUAACUAGAAUUAAGACUGUAUUUUACAGCUUUGUGAUUCCUGGACUGAGUGUAUAUCAUUCAUUGGUUUUGUAAGGGGUUUGGGCUAUGCAAGAAUAAAUGAUAAAGCUGGCAUUGUAGCCCACUGACAAGCGUGAAAGACUUUGAAGUGUGGGGCAAAAGGAAAAGAUAUAAAAGUGUAUACGAUGAGAGUAAAGUAUGUACUGGCUGCAGUCUAGCCAGCAGGAUGGAUCUACAAUAAAUGUCUGGUCAUCUAGGGCGCACUGCCAACAAGAGAGCAGCCCAGAUGGGAGGAGGCUCUGGGUGGUGAAUAGCUAACUUGCUAUGUGUUUGACCAGACCUGUUGUCAGGUGGUGCUUUCCAGAUAACUCAAAUUUAAAUGAGACCUUUGUAUAAAGGACAGAUGACUUUCCUACCUCUGAGCCUUUUGGGGAAAUCCCAUAUGGACUGUUGACAGUUAUUUGAAACCUUAACUCUUGAAUUCCUGCCCUAUCCCUAAGGAGCUAGCUGUUGGCAUUCAGCCCAAAUUUCCUUGGCGUUUGAGUGUUGCUAGAAGUGAAAACCUUCCUAGUUAGGGGUUCCUCCCUUCCCAGAGCAAACAGAAGAGGAGGUUGGGAAUGGUGGUGAACAGCUCAGGAGAGGAGACAGAGACGGAAGGAUCACUGUAGCUGUAGAGUAGCGGAAGCCACCACCAGCAGCAGCAGAGUGUCCUCGCUGUGCCAUGGUGCUAAAUGUAGAAAAAGCCAGACAUUCUUUUUCUCAUUUCCAGUGUUUUCUGUAUAAAUAAAAUGAAUUAUGAAAAUUGUUUGAAAAUCAUGGAAGGUACUUUUUAAACCAAUAAACUAUUUUUUACAACACUG